AUGUCUUCAGCAUCCUUACACAAACACAAACAAACUGGACUUUGGAAGAACUUGACGCUGCCGUGCAGUACGGCGCCCAUCCAUCCGCCCAAUCCGCCAAAGCCGUCCAGGCAUGCCGCACUGAAGCCCUGGAAAAAGUCGAUCAAGGUUUCGUCAAGCUCAUGCCUUGGAAAAACCCUUGGCCGCAUCAUCUAUGCUGUCGGCACCAGACCAGCCGAUCAGGGUCCAAUUUUGUUUUGCAAAUUGGACAUCAAGGAUGGCUUCUGGCGCAUGUGUGUGCCAGAAGCCCAGGAAGAGCAGUUUUGCUACGUCCUGCCCCAAGUUCCAGGGGAUCCUCCAGAGGAAAUCCGACUUGUAGUCCCAGCCGCCCUUCAAAUGGGAUGGACCUCCAGUCCUGCCAUUUUCUGUGCCGCGACAGAAACAGGACCGGACAUUGCAGAGUGGCUUCGCAAAUUGCCCCGCCUUCCCCCACACUCCCUGGAAUCUCACAUGGUGGACCCCAUCAAUCCUGACCUCCUCAGCCCAUCUCCGGAUACCGACAACCCUCAGAGCGACUGCCCAACUCCUACAGGUCCCCAACCAGCUCAGCCACAACCUCCACCAGCACCAGCCAACCCACAGGAGGCCAUGGACCCACUUCCCACAGUGAACGAUGAAGACCUGCAUCAUUUCUUCCACCAAUUCGAGGUCUAUGUGGAUGACUAUGUCGGUCUGCUUCAGUCUACCGAUGUAAAUGCCCUGCGACACCACAGUCGUGCCUUGCUGCACGCCAUUCACCAAAUUUUCCCACCACCUGUAGCCACAGGACAUGCCGGCGAAGAACCAAUCUCUGAGAAGAAACUCAUCUUGGAAGGCGAAGGAAUCUGGGGCACUGUCAAGGAAAUGCUCGCGCAUGAAUGUUCAGCACUUUGA